AUGGAGAUUAGGACUACGCCUAAGGACGUCAGCCAAAUCCACAGCGUGGCUAAAGAUGGACCUGGACCGUCACCGCCUGCACAACAUCAUGCGAAGCCUGAAACCAAGCAAGCGACUUCCGUGUGCUAUCGAUGCAACGGGGCACACUCUCCUCAGGAUUGCCACUUCAAGAACGCCACAUGCCUGUUCUGUGGCCGCAAAGGACAUAUUGUCAAAGCCUGUCUUCAAAAGAAGGCUAAGAAAAGUCCUCCAAGAGCAAGACGGGGGACGGCGCAAGCUGAUCUUUUAGACGGCGAUACCACCAAGAUGUACGAGCUGUACAACCUCUCGUCCAACGAACCUGCUAUCCUCGUAGACGUCGACAUCGACGGACAGCCAACAGCGAUGGAGGUUGACUCAGGAUAUGAACUAUCAACUUAUAAGGGAUGCAUCAUUUGGGGAAGCCGGCUUGUUAUUCCCAAAGUGGCACAAUCCACUGUACUCGACAUCUUACACACAGCCCAUCCAGGCAUUGUAAGGAUGAAGGCACUAGCGAGGAGUACAGUCUGGUGGCCUGGCAUCGACCAUGACAUUGAAGAAAAGGCUGCAAAUUGCUCCACAUGCCAAGAACACAGACCAUCAAUGCCACGGGCACCAGUGCAUCCCUGGGAGACGACGCAACAUCCCUGGUCACGUCUACACGUUGACUUUGCAGGACCUUUCAAGGGAAAGAUCUUUCUGAUCGUGGUCGAUUCAUUCUCGAAAUGGCUCGAUGUAUGUAUUAUGAAUUCUAUGUCUUCCUCAGCCGUCGUACAGAAACUGAGGAUGCUGUUUGCCGAACACGGAGUGCCAGAUGUCAUUGUCAGUGAUAAUGGCACAGCCUUCGUUUCGGCCGAAUUCAAGGAAUUUACAAGCCGCAACCAGAUUCGACACGUGGCAGUGGCACCUUACCACCCUUCAUCGAAUGGCCAGGCCGAACGAAUGGUGAGAGAAACCAAGGAGGCACUCACUCACAUAAAUUCAGGCGACGUAAACGUCGAUUUGGCGCGAUUUUUGUUCCGUCAACAUACACUGCCACAUUCCUCAACGGGCAGGAGUCCUGCGGAACUAUUGAUGAACCGACGCCUGAAAACAGCAUUAGAUCGCCUGCAUCCAGAUUCUCAGUUCCAUUCAUCAUGGAAACAAGAGGACAAGUUUCUCCAGGAAGGGAAGAAGGCACGACUAUUUACAGUAGGUGAAAACGUUUAUGCAAGAAAUUACUUGUCCGGUGCCAAGUGGACCCCUGGAGUAGUCACAGCCGUGACCGGUCCACUAUCCUAUAGGAUUGAAACAGAAGAUGGACGAUCUUGGCGUCGCCAUGUUGACCAGUUGCGCAGGAGGCCAGCGACAACUUCUGCAGGAAACUCGGAAGAUAACUCUUCAGUUGACUUGAGUUUAACUGCUCUACCUGAAGCGGUCUCCGAAGAAGCGGACGUUAGGUCCGAUGCCACACCAGCAGUCCAACCAGCUGGUUCUACAACAGUUUCCCCUAGCAACUCUUCGAGACCUCAAAGAGCAACGCGCCGCCCUACUUAUCUUAACGACUAUGUGCCUUAG